GAGAUUUGACAAUCUCGCGCAUCGCGAGACCCGGAACUGCGCCAAAGACAAAAGCACCACAUUUCACAGCAGACAACAAACGUGAACAGGAUUAGAGCCAGAAAACAUCAGUACCUGAGUCCCAUACUAGUAGUGACACAAAACCCUGUGACACUUUGGGUUUUAGAUUUUAGGGACAUUGACAUUGAGAGGAGUCGACGGUCAGGGUUAUUAUGGGAAACGUUCGAUAAGAGGGACUGGUACCCUAAACACAGCCAGGAGGGACGCAAGGGAAAAUGGCCUGAGCUAGCCGGCAGUGGAGAGAGAGGGAGUCAGCCAGCUGCAGUAUGCACAACCCUGCCCCAGUCUACCAGCACACACGCACCUCCCAACCACCAUGUCCUCCCUCUCCGACCAAAUACAUCCACACGGCAACUCUGAACCAGACGUCAGGAUGCUGAACGGGCCGCUCGUCAUCCCCAAGGCUCACAGCGCCUCCAAGCUCCGCCAGGACCGAGACUUCUGGGCUAAACUUGAGGAGAAGGAGAAGGAAAGGGAGAUCCAGACUGCCCGCCAGAGACUACAGAAGGACCUCCAGCAGAACAGAGACAUCUACAACCAUGGCUACUUCAAGAUUUCUCCACCUCAUGGUGUGGUGACGUUUGUUGCUGUGCAGGUGAAAAAUGUGGCGACAAUAUGGGAGAACAACUCUGCAGAUACAGUCAUAAGGGCUAUGAAUAGAUACAGUGAUAUUGUACGGCGGGCAACGCGAGACUUCCGUGGUUAUGAGGUCGAGGCGGAGGAAGAGUCCUUCCUGAUUGCUUUCCAGCAGCCUCUGGAUGCUGUCAACUGGUCCUUGACUGUACAGCUAGCCAUGACAGACACCAAGUGGGAGGAGGAGUUGUUAUCCUGUGACGACUGUAUUCGUGUCUUCAAGUCACGUGAGAAUGGUUAUGACAUCCCACGGCUCAUCUUCUGUGGUCCACGAUUACAGAUGGGAGUUAGCAAGGGGAGAGUAGACAGUGUGUACCACUAUGCCAGUGGACACAUGGGCUACCGAGGGACGGAGGUGUACCGGACUCAGGGCAUCUGUAGGCUGGCUCAGGGAGGACAGAUUCUGAUCAAUGAGUCAUUGUGGCAGGAUCUACCUAAGGACCAGAUUGCCCCGUAUGUCCACAGGGAAGUCGGCAGCUUCAAACUGGAGGGUUUUGAUAACUUGACAUCACUCACAGAGGUGUUGCCUCAAGCCUUGGAGGAGCGAGCCAGGUGGUUUGGGAUCAUCUGCGCCGAGUGUAACAAACUCAUCAAACCCAAGGAAGGUUAUGUCAAGGCACUGGGCAGUAACUGGCACACUGACCACUUCAGGUGCUGGCAGUGUAAGAAGGUGCUGAAUGGAACAUACAUAGUCAAGGAUCAAAAGCCGUAUUGUGAGGAGGAUUUCUUCCAGUACAAUGCGCCUCGCUGUCGAGCGUGUAACGACCCCAUCACUGGGGGCUUUAUAGAGGCCAUAGAGAGUACCUGGCACCCUGACUGCUUUGUGUGUCAGAGAUGUCACAAAGCUCCAACAAAAGAUGAUCACAUCUUUGAAUUCAAUGCUCUGCCUUACUGCACAGAGUGUUACAACACAGUUACCAAUGGGACAACGUAACAAAGUGUUGCUGGCCAUAGUACAGCAGCAAGUCUAGUAGAUUUACCGCCUUGUCGGGCAAUGAACCCUUCCAGUAUUGUUAGUACAACAAACAUGUGCACAUUGAACUGCCCCCCCACCCCACCCCCACAGUGGUAAUCUCAAAUGUGGCAAUGAUUUUGAUUGGUUAAUGCUUAGAGUCCAGUAGCAGAUAGUGAUGACAAAAGGAUCCUGUCUGGUGUUCUAGCCAGUAUCCAUCUUUCCUUCCAGAACUUUGCAGCUCAUGACAGACAAAAAUUUUGCCCAAUCCACCAUCUUUGACAGACAAAAACUAUUGUGUAAAGAUACAGAGAGAGAUGUAAAAUUUUGCCCCUCAACAUGCAGGAAAUAGGGUUUCAGAGGGUCAAGGUUUCAAAAUUUUCACCAGGACCCCUCUAGGAUUGUCAUGCUGGUUCUGGAAAUGAUGUUACAUCAAGCAAAAUUCAGAUUGCUGGCCAGAACACUGAUCCCAUGUAAUUACUAGUAGUACAAAUGUUUAAAUGUUAACGUUUUGUCCUUUACUAUAUAUUGUAUGAAAUUUGGCUUCUCAUAAACAUCAUGCAUUCCAGCAUGCUUGAAGCAUGUUCCCCCUGCCAUGGAAGCAGGUUAUAAGGAAUUAGGUUGACCUGUAGGGCCGUAUUUGUCAUCCAACAUGUUGUUAAUCAGCACACAGCAGAUUGUUGCAAUAUCCAUACAUUUAUGACGUUUUUAUAAUGAAUUUUCUUCUCACAGUUAGUUUUUCUACUGACACUUGUACCUACUUCUAUGUUAGCCAAAUGACAUCAGUAUGGAAUUUGGAAGAAGGAUGCCUCAGGCAUCUCCAUAUAGCAUUUUCCAGUGAUUUUUAGAUAUCUGGCCUUACUUGUAAAUAUGACAUUUUUGCUAUAUUCAGAUCAAAAUGUGUAUUUUCAUAAUUCCUGUCUAAUUAGGUGAAAUUGUUUUAGCAGUGAAGCACUAGUUGUGUGAAAGUACAUUCCAAUAUCCUAUGUUCUACCAACCCGAUGAAAUUAUUUUUGGAAGGUGUACUAGUGAAAUACAUGUAGUUUGGUGAGGUGUUUUGAUGAGGGGCAGGCUUGCAUGGUUCGUAAAAUAAGUAGUCUGGUGACUUUGGGAACUGUGGUAAAUGUAAUUUAGACUAAGAAAGAAUAUUGACUGUAAUAAAAGUUGUAAUACAAGUUGAAUAUAUGUUGAAUAGAAUAGCAUGAUUUGAAGAAAGGUAAACUUUCUACAAAUUUUUUUACAAUAUGCUUACAAAUCUGUUUUCAAAAUUAGGCCAUGACUUCUGUAUAUAAAACUGUACCAGUAGUAUUAUUGAGCAGAAUUUUGUAUGGGAUAGAAAAAUUAAUGUAUAGCCAUUUUGAUACAAGUGCAAAUGUGGGUCUGAUUAAUUACAUUUAACUGUGAUGUUCGUUGUGCAGCUUCUUCUUUGUUCCAGUAUUGAAGCAAAGGCAAGUUAUCAAAAUUGUUCACUGACAUUCAUGCUUACAUUCUUGGAUUAAAGUAAAAGUGAAAAUUGACAAUGCUGUAUAGAGUAGACAAGUGUUCUAUCUGACCAUUUUGUUCUGGAAAGAGUAAAAUGGAUUUAGGUCACAGUUCUUAUAAUGUAAAAGAAAUCUUUUCUUGCAAUAUGUUCUAAUAAGGUACUAUAAUACACGGGGCCAUCUUGUUUGUCUUUGUCUUGUUUACUGUAUUUUAUAUGCAUCAAGUUACAAGGCAAAGAAUUAACCAUUGUGUUAGGGCAGGACAAAGCAUGAUUCAGAAGCUUUGUAUUUUUCCUGUAUAACCAUAUUUCGUAUAUACUGUAUUUCCAAGAAAAGGAACCACAUGCUUUUGGUUUAUUUUGUUAGUGCUUUGCCACAACUUUAAUGUCAAGAAUAUUGAAAUGACAGCUUUCUAGUGAUGUAAGGCAUUUGAUGACGUAAAUUUUGAUAGAUUGAUGAAAUGUUUGUUAAACUUCAAACUGAAACGCAUGGAAUAUCUACAACUUUUCAGAUAAUAAAAAAUAUGUGUUAUUUUCUUGGAAUCUCAUCAGAUUUUUUUAUUAAAGACAUCAAGCUAGUUUUUCCAUGACCUCGUGCCUGCCAUUUGCCUCUGUCCUGAUGUUAUGUUGUCCAACCAUCUCUUCGCUGGACACCCGCGUGGGUUUUGGCCUUCCACAUCCACUGUGAUGGCCUUUCUUGGCCACUUUUCACUGCCCAUUCUUUGGAGGUGACCAUACCAUCUUAAUUAGCUAAAUCUUACCAUGUCUUGGAUGCUCCCAGCCUGAGUCUAAACUAUUCAGUUGACUAUCUGCCAAUUUCCUGGAGCAUAUCCAUUGAACCGUGGCAUUGUCACUCCUAGUCACUCUUCAUGUCCUCUGUUCUCACUGCGCAUGUCUCAGAAGUGUAAAGUCAGACACUUCUAAUACAGGAGUUGCAGACAUGCCCACAAUUUUUGAGAGGUAUGUACAAUGUACCUGUUUGUAAGGAUGGAGAGGAGUUCAUGAAAGCAUUUCCAAGCUGACCAAAUCUUAGCUGUUUCAGCGUAACCCCCUAACUGGCUGUCAUGUAUAGCAGAAGGUAGGAACUACUUAGAUGUUUUCGUUGCCAACUGUCACUUGUUCUGUAGGUGUUUCAGGGACUGGGGGGAGUCGAAGAGUUAUCAUGUGUAUCGAAUAAAGGAAACACAAACGCAAUAUUGGCAUCUGAUUUAUUCCGUGCAAGUCUCACCGACAGAUAACUGUAACAGUAUGUACAAAGAAACCUGCUUGUCACCAAAAUAUACAUUAAGAUCGCAUAGUCACUAAAAUCCCUCAUAAAACAAUGCCCUGCUUUUCAGCAAAAGGGAAUAAAUAUAUAUACACAUACAACGGUAUCAGGUUGACGAGCUGCAGCUGUAACCUAGAGUUUUGGAAGACAAAUGGCAUCAGUACUGGAAGGUCUCAAAGCUAUAUUCCGAUGUAGUAAUGGCUACCAUGUAUGUUGAGAUGCAGUCUUUCUGACAGUGGAAAUAUUGAAGGGUCUCCAUUGAAUACCAACGCGAUAAUCACAUUAUCAUUGUAUCAUAAGAAUUGUUCCUAUAACCCUAGUCUUUAAUCUAUUUCAGGACAAUCUAACCCAUGUUCACUUCCACAUCUUCCAUAAAACCAUUAAAAACACGUGGAUAUAUUGACCGUACUGAUAGGCAUGUCAAAAAGACUGGCAGUCACAAGAAUGGCACUUCUAUUGAACAGCAUGGAUACGCCAGAGUUAAAAACCAAUU